UCAUUAUUCACAAUCACGCUGCAUUUUCUUUCUUCUUAAAUCUCCCUUUCUUUCUUUCGACACAAAAGCAGGGACACCCGAAUAACUCUGACCUCAAAAUUGCGCGAAAACCCUAAAUCAUCGUCCGAUUGCUAUAGCAGAUGGCAGAGCCAACUUGUGGAUCUUUAUUACUUCAGCUGCAGCACAUUUGGGACGAAGUAGGUGAAAGUGAUGAAGAAAGGGAUAAGGCGCUUCUUCAAAUAGAACAAGAGUGUCUAAAUGUGUAUAAGAGGAAAGUUGACCAGGCUGCAAAGUCAAAGGAACAUCUUCUUCAAACACUUGAAGAUGCUAAACUUGAAUUCUCCACUCUUCUUGGAUCCCUUGGAGAGAAAUCAUCUAUUAACAUUCCCGAGAAGACUUCGGGAACCAUCAAUGAACAACUUGCUUCUAUCGCACCAGCUUUAGAACAAUUGUGGAAGAAGAAGGAAGAGAGGAUAAAAGAGUUUUCAGAUGUGCAGGCACAGAUUAAAAAAAUAUGCAGAGAAAUUGCAGGGAGUAAUGAACUGGCAGGAAGCAUUACAGUUGAUGUGUCUGAUCUUUCGUUAAAAAAGUUGGAAGAAUUUCAUAAUCGUCUUCAAGAACUUCAGAAAGAAAAGAGUCAGCGAUUGAACAAGGUUCAUGAAUUUGUGAGCACUUUACAUGAUAUUUGUGGUGUUCUUGUGAUUGACUUUUAUAGUACAGUCAGCGAUGUCCAUCCUAGCUUGGUUGAUGCCUCUAGUGCACAAUCUAAAAGUAUUAGCAAUGAUACACUUGCCAGGCUGGCAAAGAGUGUCAUAGCUUUAGAAGAAGCUAAGAAGCAAAGGUUACACAAGCUUCAAGAUUUAGCAGCUCAGCUAAUCGAACUUUGGAAUUUGAUGGAUACACCCGAAGAAGAAAGAAGUUUGUUUAAUCAUGUUACCUGUAAUAUCUCAGCGUCAGUUGAUGAAGUGACCGUCCCAGGGGCUCUAGCCCUAAAUUUGAUCGAACAAGCUAAGGAGGAAGUUGAAAGACUAGAUCAGCUAAAAGCUAGCAAAAUGAAGGAGAUUGCUCUUAAGAAGCAAGAGGAGCUUGAAGAGAUAUUUGCACACGCGCACAUACAGAAUGACACAAAGGCCGCCAGGGAGAAAAUUUUGGCGUUAAUCGACUCUGGUAAUGUCGAGCCUGCUGAGCUGUUAGCUGACAUGGAUGCAAAGGUCAUCAAAGCAAAAGAAGAAGCUCUCAGUAGAAAAGAUAUCUUGGAUAAAGUUGAAAAGUGGAUGUCAGCCUGUGAAGAAGAGAGUUGGCUCGAGGAUUACAACAGGGAUCACAACAGGUACAAUGGGAGCAGAGGUGCACACUUAAAUCUCAAGCGGGCUGAAAAGGCUAGAGUUUUGGUCAGCAAAAUUCCAGGUAUCGUUGACACAUUGGUUGCCAAAACCCGAACAUGGGAAUCAGAACAUGGAAUGACUUUUGCUUAUGACGGCGUUCCCCUACUUGCCAUGCUGGACGAAUAUUCAGCGCUGAGGCAUGACAAAGAAGAAGAAAAGAGAAGGAUAAGGGAUCAGAAGAAAGAGCAAGAAGCCAUGUUUGGUACAAAACCAAGCCCAGCCAGGCCCCUUAGUAGCUCAAAAAAGACGACAGGCCCAAAUGGAGCUCCUAAUAGACGGUUAUCUUUGAAUCAAAACGGGGCUAGGUCGGCGAAGAGGGACAAUAUGAGACCCGUGGCUCCUUUGAACUAUGUCGCCAUAUCGAAAGAGGAUGCUGCUGCUGCUGUUACACCUUAAGUUGUCAUAAUAAGCUUUGAAGCAUACAGUCAUGGAUGAUCUUGGUUGUGAAAUACCGGUAUCUUGUAGUUUAGUUACUGCCUACAUAUGUAAUGGUCUUUCUCAUAGUUUACUAUGUCCCAAUUUAGAGGCGAUUUAAAAUCAUUAUCAGCUUAUCACAAAUAUACACAUAUCUUCAUA